CAGUAUUGGUUAGCGUUUGUUCCGGUUAGCUUAGCUGCCUCAUGUUUACUAACGUUUGCAUACAUUUUUUCCACAACGUCGCUUUCGUGGACGUUAGAAAAACAUGUAAAUACGACGCAACUGUUGUUUUUUUUAAUAUUGAAGUGUUUGCUGAUCUACAGGAAUGGACCAUCACAGAUCCCGCAGUCCCAACUCCAGAUACCACAACCAUCAUCAUUCAGCAUACAGGCGAGAAAGAGGCCAUGGUAGAAGAAAUCAUUCUGAUGGUGAUCCCCUAACUCACCACAGGGAUCAGUUAGACGUAAAAACAGGGCAAACCCCUCUAAGAUCUCAGACUUUGAGCACCAGGAAGGACCUCUACGAGAGAGACUUUCCUUUGUACAGACAGCCGGUGGAAGUGGGAUGUUUCUCUCUCGACUCUCAGCGCAGAUUUUUUAAUGACGGACGACAAAUGAGAUACUAUGUGGAACCGGACAAAAAUCCCAAUUUUGACCUGAAAGACGGUUACAAGGACCGCUACGUAAGAAGAGAUGAAAAUGUGAAAGAAAAGCUGGACCAUAUUCUUCGCUGGAUCUUAGCCAACAAAGAGACGCUUAAAUCAAAAGGGACUGCAGACUCGCCACGUGCUUUAGAUGUCGACUUUGUCACAUGGAGAGGCCACCUGACCAAGCUGCUGACCACACCGUACGAGACAAAGGAGGGCUGGCUGCUGGCAGCCACCAAGUUCAACGGCACUGUUUACAUCAGUGAAGUGGAAACGGAAGCCGCUCGCAUUGAACGGGAGAAGCGUCCUGAAAGAAACAAAGAGAUGAUGUACUGGGGCUACAAGUUUGAGCAGUACACCUGUGCAGAUAACGCCGACAGCCUACCUGACCCCAGUGGAGUGGUUAACACCAACGAGGCCUUCUGCACUGUGGUUCAGACUCGACUUGCAGAUCACAAACUCCUGUUCUCCGGGGAGGUGGAUUGUCGGGAUAAAGAUCCCAACGCUCCUCCUCCUCCUGCCUGCUAUGUGGAGCUCAAGACCUCUCCAGAGAUCUGUACUCCAAAACAGCGCAGCAACUUCCACAGAUUCAAACUACUCAAGUGGUGGGCGCAGUCUUUUCUACCUGGAGUUCCUCGUAUUGUGGCAGGUUUCAAGGAUCACGACGGGGUGGUCGUUUCCACGGAGACUUUCCUCGUCUCUAAAGUGUCCCAACUCAUCAAGAAUGAAUACAACUGCUGGAGGCCCACCGUUUGCAUGAACUUUUGCUGCGACUUCCUGUCCUUUGUAAAGGCGAUCGUCACAGAAAACGACCACAGCCUGGUGUAUUUGUUUUCCUGGGAACCCUACAAAGACGUGACCUACUCUGUGCACAGGGACUCCCAGUACUCCUUCCUGCCACGCUGGUUCAUAGAUGGGAUGAGCGGAAAUCAGGAAUCACAUCACUAACACACCAGCUCUUCCACAACUCCUAACUGUAUGAAUUUUUUAAUGAGUUUUUAAUAAACAUUCUUAAUGUUAUUAAACAUA